UACCGGGGGGCGGUACCGGGGGGCGGUACCGGGCUCCAGCUCGACCCAGUUUGAAAGUGAAGCAACGUCUCCAGUCGCUGCUUCAGCCACCAAACAACAACAAGAACCGAGAACCCAAAGUCUGCUCCAGUCUGUAGCCGGCCCUCCUGACAGCCGCCAGUAUGAUGCGUAAAGACGUCAACAAGCCGAAGGGGAAGACGUCGGCGUACGCCUUCUUCGUCCAGACGUGUAGAGAGGAACACCGGAAGAAGAACCCAGAGCAGUCGGUCAACUUCGCCGAGUUCUCCAAGAAAUGCUCCGAGAGGUGGAAGGCUCUGUCUGCCAGCGAUAAGAAGUGCUUCGAGGACAUGGCGAAGGCCGACAAGGUGCGUUACAACAGGGAGAUGAGCGACUACGUCCCCCCCAAGGGCUUCGGAAAGAGGGGCCGCAAGAGGAAAGAUCCCAACGCCCCCAAGAGACCCCCGUCUGCGUUCUUUGUGUUCUGCAGUGAGUACCGUCCCAGUGUGAAGCAGCAGUAUCCUGGUCUGUCUAUAGGAGACUGUGCCAAGAAACUGGGAGAGAUGUGGAGCAAACUGUCCCAGUCUGAGAAACUGCCCUACGAGGAGAAGGCCCAGAAACUACGAGAGAAAUACGACCGGGACAUGGUGGCGUACCGCGGCGGCGGCACGUACGCCAGGAACCCCGGCUCUUCAGCUCAGGGAGGAGAGGAAGAGGAGGAUGACGAAGGAGAGGAUGAAGAUGACGACGACGACGAUGACGAGUAGAGAGGAAGAGCUGCAGCUGGAUGAGAGAGAGAGACUGAAUGUGUGUUAGAGAGAGAGACAGGUAGGUGUGUGUGUUUCAGAGGUCAGACAGGUAGAGUGCAGGUGAGUGACAGCUGAUUGGACAGGAGCUGGGAGGGGGCGGGGCUUCAGUGUGUGAGGUCAGGGGUCGCGUAGUGCUCGUUGGUGGGUUAGGGUCUCCUCUGACACUUCCUGCUGCAGCUGGUUGAGGGAGAGAAGAAGAGGAGGGACAGGUGAGGGGGUCACCAUGGUAACGGUCGGUUCAAGCCGUUUAAACCUCACAGGAAACAGGAAGUAACCACAGCUGUUGCCACGGCGAUAAGAAGUACGGCAUGUGGGGAGGUUUUGGUCCCGUUUACUUCCUGUCAGACAGCUGUGGGAUCCAGUUAAUGUCAGAGGUCAGAGGUCAACCUCGAUAUCACACAUCAUUAA